AUGGCUCGUUCCGCCUCCGCUCUCGUCGCCGGCUUUCUCCUCCUCCUCACGCUCCUCACCCUGGACGCGGCGCAGGGCCAACAGCCCUUCCCGCCCACCGAUCCCUCCGACGCGGAUGCCCUGCACGCUGUGUUCCGGCAGUGGCGACUGGAGGGGGAGGCGGCGGCGGAGGACCCGUGCAUGAAGCGCGUCUGGUCCGGGACGUUCGAAAUAAACGCGUCUAUCGACUGCAAUUGCCCCGCCAUCAGCCGGUGCCAAAUCACGGGCCUGAAUGUGACUGGGUACAAGAAUAUCACGGAGAUCCCGCUGGCUCUCUUCAAUUUGACGGAGCUCGUCUCUAUCUUGAAAUUGCACCACGACAAACUACUUAAGAAUAUAUCCGAGUUUACUUAA